UCCAGCUCAGUUGUUAUACGCGUGUGUAAGAUUCACACUUUGGAAAAAGUCUGCUUUGAAGGCAGAAAUUAUAGAAAUAUAAGCCGUAUUUUUACCACCAUGGGAGGACAAGCAAAGGGCAAAAAAAAAGCCAAGCCGAAGAGGAAAGACAAUCGCCCAAACACAGAUGCAGGAUUUGUUGGAUUGUCACCUCAAGAAAGGAUGAAACUAAGAGUACAUGAAAAAGCCAAGAAGAAGACAGCUGAGAAGUACUCUGUGCAACAGCUACUAGAAAAGACGGAGGAGUACAUGGACAGUUUUGACUUUGAGAUGGCCGGCCUUUUCUGUCAACGGGCCCUGGAUGUGGAGUCCACCAACCUGCAAGCUCUCGACAUGCAGGGACACAUCUUCUCUGAACUAGGAGACACGCAGAAAGCUAAGGGAGCUUUUCUGCGUGCCGUGGAGCUGAACCCAGAUGUAGGCCACAGUAAGUACAUGUACCUGGGGCAAAUCCACACAGGCCAGGAGGCAGUGAACUACUACACUAAAGGAAUACAAGUCCUGCUGUCUACAUUGGACAAACAAGCACAGACCACACAGGCUCAGGCCGGAGCUGCUGCCCCACCAGAUGAGGACACCGAGCUCCCCACAGCGAAGGAUGUCUGUGUAGCCUACUGCUCCAUGGCUGAGAUUUACCUAACGGACCUCUGCAUGGAAGAGGGAGCUGCAGACAAGUGCAAGGAGUUCAUUGAGCGUGCAUUACAGUAUCACCAUGACAACUCUGAGGCUCUACAGCUCAUGGCAAGUUACCUGUUCAGCACAGAGAGAAACCAGGAAGGCAAAGAAUACCUGUUGAAGAGUGUUGCAUCGUGGCUACCUGCCCAGAAACAAAGUGCGGCUUCCUUCAGCACAGAAGAAGACAUGCAGAAUGACAUCCCGCCGUACGAGUCUCGCGUCACCACAGCCAAACUGCUCAUCGAGUCGGAGGAAUACGAGAUGGCGGUGGAUGUGUUGGAGGGUCUUCUGGAGGAGGAUGAUGAAGUAGUCCAGGUGUGGUAUCUCUCCGGCUGGGUCUGCUGCCUCCAGUUGGAGAAAGCAAAGGAGCAGCAGGAAAGAGAUGGGAGAGAAGUGACAGAGGAGGAGACAGAGGAGUGGAAUGCAUUGAAGGAGGCGGCCAGAUCGUACCUGACCAACGCUACGAAGCUGUACAGCAAGUUGCGAUGUGAUGACCAGCCGAUGUUGGAACACGUGGAGCAGCUGCUGGGCGAUCUGGGAGGACAGCUGGAGGGGGAGGAGGGAGACCCGGCCUUGGAUGAAGACUAUGAACCCUGUAGUGAUGAGGAGGAGGACGACGAUGCAGAGGCCCCCAUGCAACACUGACAACCGCCCCUUUGCCUGUACUCUGUGAUUUCCCUUCUCCCCAUCAUGCUUCCCUCUUGUUAAAAUGUUAUAGUGCACUCUUUAAAGUGCCUUUUGUACUGACUAUCCUUUCACACCAGUUUAUCAAAGAUGAAAUUUGAAAUCAAGUGAGAUGCACAAAAGAGCGACAUUAAACGCAGCCGUCUACUCAAUCUCUUUCAGUGAGUUAUUUAAUGCUUUUGGUGAAAUAAGUGCAUACUCGAGUAAUGCUUCCCUUAAUCUCCCUGACAGAUGUUGAUGAAAGAAAUUAGUUUCACAGCUUUACUGCUUACCAGCAGCAAAAGCAAAACACCUUUGAAUGCUUUUUCCUCUCAUACACACCCACACGUUGGUCUCUACAAGCGAACAUACAUGGCACUUGUGCGCACACACAAACACAAAAGAUUCACGUUAAUUACUUCAGCUCAUCCUCAAAACAACAGCAGCAGCGUUUCCCUCUCAGACUGCAUCUCAACAGGAAGUGAGCCUUAUUAGAGAACCGCGUCUGCCAACAUGCAACGCUGUCUCUACUUGUAACGGUUCUAAUAUUCCAAGUUCAUGUGCAAUCCUUGAAUUGUUAUGCUAUUCAGUUUACACUCCUGCUUUGUUUUUUCCCCGCAUUCUUUUUUCGGUUAAAUCAUUGGAUUCAACAAGGCAAGACACAAUAGAGAGAGUUCGACAUUAACUUAUGCAGCAUGCGUUUUUCUGUCUUCUAGACAGUUGAAAGUGUCUGGUACAAAGUCUUUCAGAGAGGAGAAACGGGCAACUCUUUCUCCAACUAGAGUUCACAUCAAAGCCUUUUAAAAUUCUCAGGCAAGGCUACGUAGUCACUACGUCGUAGUGUAACGGCAUGGGUUAGUGUAAUGGAAUGGUACAAUGACCGAUGCUUUUUUACUUUCUUUUAUAUUUUUUACAAUUGAAUUCAGCAAGGUGAAGAGUAAGAGUUUGAACCAAGUUGUAGAACAGUACACGUGAUGCUAUUUUCUGUGGAAAGUAAAGAUUAUGUCGUUAGAAAAACAUUUUUGGGACGAAGAGAAAAAUAAAACUUAAAAUGUAAGACAUUUACAGCAUGAAAAACGAUUGGUUCAGUCAAAAGAUGUCGGACUGAAAAUUUCAAAAACCUAGUGUGACAAUAGUUGAUUCACUUUUCCACAUUACAACCCCUAAUAUCUCUAAAUCUUUCAAACACUCAAAAUUGGGAUUGACUGGCCCAAUUAAACCAGCAUCUAUUUAAUUAAAAAAAAUUUUCAACAUAAUAAAUGCAGUUUGUACAUUAGUUUCUACCUUGCAAAAUAUAUUGGACACAACAGUUGUGACCUUUCUGAAGCCCUGAUAUAUUUAUAGUGCAGGUCAGUAUGUGACAUGCAUGCUGUAACCCACAUAUACCACAGUGUCUCAAUGCAGCAUGCCUGUUAACACACCACAGGCAUCCACUGCUGCACAGCCCCUUUGAAGAAUUUUUUCAACCAGUAAAUAGGAACGUUAUCUGAGAUCCUGCUCCUGAUAGCGACCCAGCUGCAAGCUGGAAAACCUGUUUGGCAAUACAGGGGUUCAGAUACCUUGAUCUGAUUGUGCGUGUUUGUGUUUUAAAGAGUGUUCAAAAAAGCUCAGGGGACACUGUGCGCGUCUGUAUAUGCUGCAGAUAUUGAUAGCUUAAUGUGAUAUGAUGUGUUGUUAUUUGUUGUCCCAACUUUGCUCAGAAAUAUUCAUGCCUGUGAUGUUUAAUGUAUGAUAAUGCACCAGGAGUACAGGCCUAGAGGACUGACUACCUGGAGCGAUGCUGUCAUCGAGCAUUUGGCUUCAUAAUUAAAAUGGGCUCGAGUGUGUAUGUGGGUUUCUACACUAUUGUGUGUGUUACCGUGUGUCCAUGCGGCUCCUCUGCAGUGCUCAGUGAUUAAUGACUCCAGGGGUGAGUGAACAUCGGCGGUCAGCCCUUUCUGGUUAUUCUGAGCUGACCUAGUGUGAGUGGACCAUAGUGGACACAAAGCCUCGGGUGAUCUCAAAAUCCUUGGCCAUUCUCUCACCUGUACAUCAGCCUCGGCACCGCAGGACUGUUUUCACUUGCUGAGAGAGGAGAGCGCAGUUUCUACACAAGGACACACAUUCAAUCACAGGGAAAGUACACUCGUUGUUUACUCGCAUUCUUUCUCGCUCUGUGCUGAAAAUCGUUUUCUGAAAGGCCAGAAUGGCCCUCUGAGAGGCCGGAGCACAGAAAUUAUCAGCCUUGUAUGAAUAUAUUUCUACGCUGUAGAUGUGCAAUAUUUGAUCUUUUAUGUUUUUGUGUUUCAAAUGUCCAUGAAUUUACAAAUAUACAGUAUGCUUAAACCACAAAAUGUAUUACAUUGUAUGCAUAUAGUUGCUGCCUGAGGUUUUACCUGUAUGUCAAGCUGUCUUUGGAGACCAGCAGCAUGUGUUCAGUCUCCAGGGAAACUAACCCAUAAGUAGUAUUUGUGUGUAUGCGCAUGUGCCUGUAUGUAUUUUUUAAUAAUCGACAUAAUGAGAUGAGGAGGAGAGAAUAAUCCUGGAUUAACAGCUUUAAAAUGCAUGUGUCGUCAUAACAACAUCCUGAUUUGGAUUUAAUCAUUGAAAUACACACAAACACUUAGUAACCACGCACACACACAUAUACGCAGCAAUUGUCAGAUAGCUGAAUGCUCCAAGCUGUGUGUGCAUGUGCUGUUUAUCCUGUGCUGAUGUACAGUACGUGUGUAUCACGGAUCUUAAUUAGAGACUUAAGCGGGGUGCUCCUCUUAAGGGAUUAAGGGGGAAAUUAUUAGAAUGUGGAGAUUUAAAGCUGAAACCAGUUAAACGGAAACAAGAGGAGGGCGAUCAGGACUCAGAGGAGUAAGGACUUUGAGCGGCAGUUCUACCGUUUAUACACACAUUCACUUGUGUAAAAUGUCCUCUUGAAGUCACGUGCAAAGCACUCAAAUUUGCUUCAAGGUGUGCAAGCUAUUCUUUCAACCUCUCAAAGCCGCUAUUUGGAUACUUACGGACACCCUGUGUUUGGAUGCAUGAGAGGUUUAAUGGAUAUUCAAUGACACUCUGUGACAGAAAUGCAGAUGAGCAAUACGAAGAACAAGGACAAAAUCGACUCCCCUGACUUGAGGAUUGACUGAUAGGAACUGCAUGCCACUCAUCUACAUCCCUGUCUUUAUGCUGUGGCCGUGCAUUUGAACUGUGAGUCAACGACAUAAUGGGAGUGAUGGUUAUCUGACCCAAGGGUUUUCCUGACAGCCGCUGUGAGAAUCCAUGAAUCAAAUGGCCUUUAUUCUCUGCAGUGAAACCAUUUCCUGAAUAGGAUGGAUUUGCUGGGUAAUGGAUAUAGUGUGUCCGAUGUGGGGAAAGCUCUGCAGCUGAUUGACGUAAAGGGUUAAUACUCACAGCUUCGUGGGGCUUAAUGUGAUUAUUAAAAGGUGAUAUUGUUUUUCUCACAGUGGUCCUAUUGGGAAAACAUGUGCUUUUCCUGAAAUCAAUAUGGCAAGGGGUCAACGUCCAUAAUUCAAUUAAUUUCAUGGUUUUAAAUGAAAUAUUUGUUGAGGAAAAGUUGCACGUGCUUUUCUCUUCAGUGUUUUCUGCAGAAACUCAUUACUAAUACUCAUGAUUAACUCUCAGAGAAGUCGUCCUCAUCAUUGAUCUGUGUUUUUUUGUCAAUAAGGCUAUUUUAGAGACUACCCUGCUGCUUCUAUUGUCUGAGAAUUGUCUGUGUGCAUGCAGAGAUGCAUGAACAGUUUGUGUGUGUGUGUUGCUUUUGUUUUGUGGGUGCACGCAUAAUCUUUGGUGGGAACAUCUGUCUCUCAGCGAUAACAUAACCGGGGAAUUAGCCAUGCUGUCUUACAACCGAGCAUCACAUCUCACUAUUACAGCCUCCUAAAUUAUACCCUUUUACACCUCUAUGUGUGUGUGUGUGUGUGUGUGUAUGUGUGUGUGUGCGACUGAGUGUAAGCAAUGUGCUGACAGUGUCAUGUCCUUGGGGCGCCUGCCAAGUUUAAGAGUAUCACAGAGCCCACUACCUCCUCUAAUCCCUAAAUCCAUCGUAGAACAGAAUUCACAUAGUUACUUCUGGAUAAUACAAGUCCUACACAAACAGGUCUCUCCUCAACAAGAGAGCCCAGCAUACAGUAAGUGGAUAGAGUAUAACAAAAAUAGAUGGUGUUUUAUAGGAUGAAGGUGCUUUUUCUGUCUCAGAAUUAUACAUGGUGAUAUAUCUUUUUGAUGUAAAAGCUCUAAACAGCCUGAAGCCACUUAGCUCUCCAUAUAUGGCACCUGCAGCAAUAGCAGUGUCUGUUGACGCAUCAGCGGUGACAGAUUACUCUUUGAAGCGAGAAGCUUAAAGUUCAGAAGCUCACAAAAGUUAGCAAAAUGAUGCAUCGACCUGAAAUCGUUAGAUAUGCGGGAUAAUUUACGAUCAAAUGGGAUAAGAGGACACCCGUCUGUUUAAAAUACUAUAGAAAAUGGAAUUUCUAUUCAGUUUUUAGUGCACUAUAAUAUUGAGAGAACUUGAUCCUUUUGAACUAUUUUCACUUGUAACUUUUGAAUGUCAUUUGUUGGCUCAGUAGAAGGGUUGAAAUAUUACCCUUGCUGUAACUACUAUUUCUAAGAGGAACAGAUAUUCAGUUUAAAGAUUUAAAUUGUAGUGGAACAGUCUGGUAUUGUAUGUCACGCUCCGCCACGACUCAAAAAAUUUUAAUGAACGUCACUGCGAGAGAAAAGUUAUGGGAAGGACUUUCCCUGUCUCAUAAUAAUACUGCAAAGAACCUUGUGCUUUGAAUGUCGGUGCUGUACAACAUUCAAAAUUAUAAAAGAAACAAAUGUAGACCUCUGAAUGAGGGGAAUUGAGAGGACGAAGUGUAAUGGUGCCUUUUCUUCUGCGCAGUCAGAGAACAGCCGGGGGAGCUGAAGCCCCACUGACCCGGUUGAAUCAAAGAGAAGGGUAAGAGGCGAGACCAUAAAAAAAAAGGAAAGAACGGGAGAGAGCAAGAGAAGUGUCUCAUUUAUACAGCAUUGCAAUUUGGGUCGAUGGGUUGCUUCAGUAGCUGUGAGGGGCACUUUUUGCUCAGUGCAAUCUAUACCACACAAUCUAACAAUCAAACGUGGUGCCAAUAGAGCAAUGAGCUCU